AUCAAAUAUGUUCCUCCUCUACUUUGAAACACUCCGGUGCUGAACAGACGUUUCGAACAGAGUUAAAAAGGAAAUAAAAAAAUGGCAGUAGUAUUUGCCAGAGAGUGUCAAAUACCAUGAACAAGCACUGCAUCUCCUUUUCACUUCUCAUAUUACGUCUACAAAUUUCGAUCACUUGUCAUUAAUAGAAGCUGCAUUUUUUUUUCUGUCAGGUUGUGAGUUUGCAGUCUCAAAACUAUCAUAUCAGACCAUGCACGCAAGAUGUUCGAUUAAAUGUUUCUACUUGUUAUUCCUUAACCAUAUCUGGUGUCUCUUCACCUUGCAGUAUAACUUAUAAUGCCGAUGCUCUAUGAUGGGUUUAAAGAAAUAUUAAAGAUUCAAAAGCUUCGCAGAGUCGUUUCUUAUACUGGUUUCUAUUGCUUUGUUGCUGUCAUGAGCUAUGCUUAUACAACCAAUACAACUAGAGCUGGAUAUUCUAGAGGUGACCAAUUCUAUGCAGCUUAUCCUGCUGGGACUGAGCUUUUAACUGACGCCACCAAGCUAUAUAAAGCUGCGCUUGGCAACUGCUUUGAAUCAGAGGAGUGGGGUCCAAUUGAGUACUCCAUCAUGGCCAAGCACUUUGAACGCCAGGGGAAAUCGCCAUAUGCAUAUCAUGCAGUAAGUUUCACAAUGCUGCAAUAUAUGGCACACCUCCUCUCUCACGGACAGCUAGAUGGAAGUGGCUAGUGUAGAAAUACUACAACACCUCCUGAAUGAGUGAAGUUUCAACAGUAAAUAUGUAGAACUAAAACCAUUGCAAUAUUUAGCUUGUUGAGUGAUGAGAAGGCCAUUGGAAUUUCUGUCUUGGGAUGCCAGGAACGCGUUCCAUUUUUUUUGAAAUGGAGCAACAGCAGAGUUGCUCAUUGGGUCCAUGUAUU